AGAGAGAGAGAGAGAGAGAGAGAGAAUGUACAAAACAAAGGUGCAGGAGUUAUGCCAGAAGAAGCAAUGGAGGCCACCCAUGUACUCCACCAUGAAAGACGGACCUGAUCACCACCCUCGCUUCAACUCCUCUGUUUCUGUCAAUGGCCUGUUCUUUCACUCUCCCUUUCCCUCCAAAUCCUCCAAGGAUGCCCAAAACGCCGCCGCCAAACUCGCCUUCCUCCACUUCACCGGUUCCUCUGCCACAUUGCCUAGUACUGAACCGAUUGAUGUAGAGUCAAACACUACCACAGAAACGUAUCAUGAUGAUGAUGAUGAUCCCCAGAUUCAGUCAGACGCCUUACAUGUCACACUCACAGACGAUUUUCAAAGUCAAUACAAGGGCCUGCUGCAGAAAUAUGCGCAGCAGAAAAAUCUUGAUCCGCCAUUAUACAUGAGUGAAAGUGAUGGCCCAUCCCACGCCAUUCGCUUCAAGGCUACAGUUACAGUUGGUGGUCAAACCUUUGAGAGCCCAAUGUUCUUCAAAACAUUAAAGGGGGCAGAGCAGGCUGCUGCAAAGGCUGCUUUAAUGUCAUUGUCACCUGAUGGCUUUCAGAAGGGUGACUUUGGUCUAUACAAGAAUCUCUUGCAGGAGUUAGCUCAGCAGGAAGGUUUCUCUAUACCAAUAUAUAAAACUACAAAAUCUGGUGAAUUACACUUGCCGACAUUCUAUUCCAAUGUGGAAGUAGAAGGAGAGAUAUUUCGUGGGAAAGAAGGGAAAUCCAAGAAACAGGCAGAGUUGAAUGCUGCAAAGGUUGCUUACUCUAUUCUAAAAGAGCGUGGAUUGAGUCGGAGUUCUGAGGCUGCUUCUCCUAAUCUUGGUGAGGAUGAAGCUCUCCUAACUACAAGCUUAACAUUGACCAAGACCAUGAAAUCACAGCAGAACCUUGAAGAUGAGAAUCAUCUGCUUCCAUCUCCAAUCAUUAAGUACAAAGAAACUUUUAAAGAAGAAAGUACAGGUUACAUAUUGACCCAGUGCUUAAUACUUUUUCCCUUUCCCUUUUCUAAUGUUUCUGAUAAGUAA